AUGUCACUGGAAACUAAUGCGACGGUCAAUAAAGAUAAUAGGAGGUCUCGAGUAAGUCGAGGAGGAAAACAACCAACAACUUUUAAAAAACGAGGUGGAUAUAGAAACAAAGAUGAUGUUAUUAAAAAUCAACAUAAUAAUGAAGCUUCAGAGGAAGAAGAUAUUCCUGAGGGUCAACAAUGUCUUAUAUGUGCUGAAAAAAUAGAAUAUGCAGCUUUAACUCCCUGUAAUCAUAUAACUUGUCAUAAAUGUACAUUUCGACAACGAGCUUUAUAUGAAAAGAAUAAUUGUCUUAUAUGUAGAAGUGAAAAUGAUACAGUUAUAAUAACUGAAGAUACAAAUAAAGAAUAUGAAGAAUUUGAAGACAAAUCUCAGCUAUCUUUUGAUGAAAAAUAUAAGAUAUAUUUCACACAAGAUUAUGUUUUAAAAGAUACUUUAAAUUUAUUAUCAAAUCAAUGUUCAAUUUGUAAAGAACAAUUUAAAAAUUUUAAAGAUUUAUGUGAUCAUGCAAAAGAAGAACAUGGGAAAUAUUAUUGUUUAAUUUGUUCAAAAUUCAAAAAAGCAUUUAAAAUAGAAUUACCAUUAUAUACUUAUAAACUAUUACAAAAGCAUCAAUCUCAAGGUGAUGAAGAUGGAUUUUCAGGUCAUCCUGAAUGUAAACAUUGUUUUGGUAAACGAUUUUAUUCAGAAGAUGAAUUAAAUAUACAUAUAAGAGAAAAACAUGAAAGAUGUCAUAUUUGUGAUCAAACAAAUCCAAAAAAUGCAGAUUAUUAUAAAAAUUAUGAUUCAUUAUAUCAACAUUUUACUAAAGCACAUUAUGUAUGUACUGUUGCUUCAUGUGUUGAACAAAGAUUUGUUGUAUUUAGAGAUGACUUAGAUUUAACUGCUCAUAUGUUGAAAGAACAUGGUGGAUUAAGUAAUGGACAAAGAGUAGUUAUUGGUUCCAAUUCUCAAUAUCAUAAUCAAAAUAAUAGUAAUGGUCAUCAUCAUAAUCAUCAUUUCAGUCAAUUAUCAACAUUUAAUAAUUCCAGAUGGUUAACUUCAAAUGAUGAUCAAGAUGAAGAUCAACAAUCUCCAGCAAUUAAAAAGAAAAGAUUUGAAGAAAGAGCAAGGCAUUAUUUAAAUUAUGAUCAGACCAAGUUUAAUGAAUUUAUGAAAUUGAAUGAAAGUUUUAAAUUAAAAAAAAUUAAUGCAAAAGAAUUAUUAACAAUUUAUAAAAAUAAUUUAUUUAAAUCACAAUCAUUAGAGGAAUUAAAUUUUUUAAUAAAAGAAUUUUCAGAAUUUUUCAACAAGAAUAAUGAUUUACAUAAAGAUUUAAUAUCAAUUUUAAUACAAGAAAAUGAAGAAAAUUCAAAUGAUCAAUUUCCAAUACUUGGAGGUAGAUCAAAUGCAAAUGCUUUUUCAAGUGGUGGAACAGACAAUUGGGCUCAAGGACAAUCAUCUACUGGAACUUCAUUAGAUAAAUUCCCACCUUUAAAAAAACCAACAAAAAUAAAAUAUAUAAACCCCAAUGAUCAACCAACACGUUAUACUACAGUUUUAAAAAAGAAACCAAAUUCAAAACAACAAAAUUUUCCAAUUUUACAAAGUCCAAGUCCUCCAUAUAUUCCAAAUUACCUAGAUAAUAAUAGUAGUAAUAACACAAAUUUAAAAAGUUCUAAAUCAGAUGGUUCAUUAAUUUCUUUAAAUUCAUCAGAACCUAAGAAUGGAUCAUCUAUAUCAUUAUCAUCAUCAUCAUCAAAAAAUAUAGAUGAUAAUAAAUUUCCUGCAUUACAAAAAAAAUCAAAUAAAAAAAUUAUACCAAGAGUUAAUGAAAUUAAAUUAGUUGAUCCAAAUUCUUGGGGCAAAGAAAGUAAUGAAAAUAAUACAACAAUUUUAAAUGAUGGUAAUAAUUUAUUAAAUGGUGGUUCUUCUGAUUUGGAUAAAAGAAAACAAAAGUUGAAGAAAAAACAAGUUUUAUGGCAUACUUGA